AUGAGUGCUUCGUCCCUGCGGUCGGUCCUGCGGCCGUGUUUUGGAGCUCCUCUUACUCGCGCGGGGAAGCUCUUCGUUCUGACGCAUUCGGUUUCGCAAAUCCGCCAUGCUGCUUUCAUUGCAUCCCAGAAUAAACGCGUCUCCGUUUCUUCGCCGCAAUGGCCUUCCUAUCAUUCAAAGCGAACCGCUACAACCUCACCUGAGUCACCUACAGACCCUGUGUCCACCACCCCCUACUCGGAAUUGACUGUCGGAAUCCCUCUGGAAAUAUUCCCUGGUGAACGGCGCGUGGCAAUUACCCCGCAGAAUGUCGCCCUACUGUUGAAGAAGGGAGUUUCUCGGGUGCUCAUUGAACGCGGCGCAGGCGAGGGCGCCCAGCUCCAUGACAACGCCUACGAAAAAGCCGGCGCGACAAUGGUUGACCGCAAUGCAAUCUGGGCCCAGAGUGACAUUGUGCUGAAGGUUCGCAGUCCACAGUCCGAGGGACCGUUCAAUGAAAUCCAGGCUCUGCGCAAAGGCUCGACGAUUAUCUCUUUCAUGUAUCCCCUCCAAAACAAGCCUCUUGUUGAAGCUCUCGCGGCUCGCGGUGUUACUGCUUUUGCUAUGGAUCGCGUUCCCCGAAUCUCUCGUGCACAGGUAUUCGAUGCCCUUAGCUCCAUGGCCAACAUUGCUGGUUACAAGGCGGUGUUGGAGGCUUCUAAUCACUUCGGUCGCUUUUUGACUGGCCAAGUAACUGCUGCUGGAAAGAUUCCUCCUAGCAAAGUUCUUGUUAUCGGUGCCGGUGUAGCUGGAUUAAGUGCGAUCGCUUCUGCCCGUCGCAUGGGUGCUAUCGUUCGUGGCUUUGAUACCCGUCCUGCUGUUCGCGAACAGGUCCAAUCUCUGGGCGCCGAAUUCGUCGAGGUUGACUUCCAGGAAGACGGUGCUGGCCAAGGCGGGUACGCCAAAGAGAUGUCCAAGGAAUUCAUCGAUGCCGAAAUGAAACUGUUUAUGGAACAAGCUAAAGAGGUUGAUAUCAUCAUCACUACAGCCUUGAUUCCAGGAAAACCCGCCCCGAAGCUCAUUACCAAGGAAAUGAUCGCUGCUAUGAAGCCCGGUUCCGUCAUUGUUGAUCUUGCCGCAGAGGCAGGUGGCAAUUGCGAAGCCACGGUUCCUGGAGAAUUGAGCAGCUACAAGGAUGUCACCAUCAUCGGCUACACGGAUCUUCCCUCGCGUCUUCCCACCCAGUCCUCAACGCUGUACUCAAACAACAUCACCAAAUACUUUCUCUCCAUGGCUCCCCAGGAAAAGUCAUUUGGCGUCGACUUCAAAGAUGAAGUUGUGCGAGGCUCAAUUGUAACUCUGAACGGCGAAAUAAUUCCGCCUGCUGCUCCUUCUGCUCCUCCCCCGGCUCCAAAGCCUGAGGCUCAGUCUCAGACCAAGAAAGAGGAGGUGGCUUUGACGCCAUGGCAAAAGGCUACGCGUGAUGUCUCUGCAGUUACUGGUGCUAUGGGCACGACCCUGGCCCUGGGCAAGGCUACCGGUCCCAUCUUUAUGGGCAAUAUGAUGACAUUCGGGCUUGCUGGUUUGGUGGGCUACCGGGCUGUAUGGGGUGUAGCCCCUGCACUUCACUCGCCGCUGAUGAGUGUCACCAAUGCAAUCUCGGGCAUGGUUGGUAUAGGUGGUCUGUUCAUUAUGGGCGGAGGCUAUGUGCCAACUACAAUCCCUGAAUAUCUUGGUGCCGCCUCUGUACUUCUAGCCUUUGUCAACGUUUCUGGCGGUUUUGUGGUUACAAAGCGAAUGCUCGACAUGUUUAAACGCCCCACUGAUCCCCCCGAAUACCCAUGGCUAUAUGCUGUACCCGCAGUGGUCUUUGGCGGUGGAUUCAUCGCAGCUGCAAGCACAGGAAUGGCGGGUCUGGUACAAGCUGGGUAUCUCGUCAGCACGCUACUUUGCAUGGGGUCAAUCUCUGGGCUAGCCUCCCAGCAAACCGCCCGACGGGGUAAUAUCUUCGGUAUUCUCGGUGUGGUCUCUGGUAUCCUGGCUUCAUUGGCCGCCGUCGGCUUUUCCCCAGAGACCCUGACACAAUUCACUGCUGUCGCUGGAGCAGGUGCAGUUAUUGGCGGUUUGAUCGGCCGUCGGAUCACGCCAACUGGUCUCCCCCAGACCGUCGCUGCUCUCCACUCAGUGGUUGGAUUGGCUGCCGUUCUCACCAGCGCUGGCAGCGUGAUGGCCGAUAUUGGUGAUAUCACAACCCUGCACCUGACGACUGCAUACUUGGGUGUUUUGAUCGGCGGUAUUACCUUUACCGGUUCGAUUGUAGCAUUCAUGAAACUGGCCGGGCGCAUGUCAUCUAAGCCCACAAUUCUGCCUGGCCGCCAUAUUAUCAACUCGACGUUGCUCGGCGGAAACAUUGCGACUAUGGGGACGUUCCUUACCAUGGCACCGGGAAGCCCUGCUAUAGCAGCUGCCUGUCUUGGUACAAGUACCAUUCUCAGUUUCCUGAAGGGAUAUACCACAACAGCAGCCAUUGGAGGUGCGGAUAUGCCUGUCGUCAUUACUGUGCUCAACGCGUACUCUGGAUUCGCUCUUGUAGCCGAAGGCUUGAUGCUCGACAAUCCACUUCUUACCAGCGUCGGAUCCCUGAUUGGAGUUAGCGGCUCCAUCCUUUCAUACAUUAUGUGCGUCAACAUGAACCGGUCUCUCGCAAAUGUCCUCUUUGGUGGCAUCUCGAGUCCAGUGUCCUCUGAGAGUCAAAAGAAGAUUGAAGGCGAGAUCACACAGACCAGCAUCGACGAUACCGUGGAAGCUCUUUCCAGUGCCGAGAACGUCAUCAUUGUCGUUGGCUAUGGAAUGGCUGUUGCCAAGGCCCAGUAUGCGCUUUCUGAGAUUGUUGGUAUCUUGCGCGCCCGCGGUGUCAACGUUCGUUUCGCUAUUCAUCCCGUUGCCGGCCGAAUGCCCGGUCAAUGCAACGUGCUGCUUGCUGAGGCUUCCGUGCCGUAUGACAUCGUCUUGGAGAUGGAAGAAAUCAACGACGACUUCUCUGACACGGAUGUCACACUUGUCAUUGGUGCAAACGACACCGUCAAUCCCAUCGCCAUGGAGCCCGAUUCUGCCAUUUCUGGCAUGCCCGUUCUCCACGCAUGGAAGAGUAAAGAGGUUAUUGUCAUGAAGCGCGGCAUGUCUAGCGGAUAUGCCGACGUACCAAAUCCUAUGUUCUUCAUGCCUGGUACACGCAUGCUAUUCGGUGAUGCCAAGACUUCUUGCGACGCUAUUAAAUCUGCCCUGGAGGCACGGAAAUAG